CGCUGCGGAUGACGCAAUCGGGCUGCGCCGCUGAAAGGUCACACGGGAUCUUCCAACAUGGCGGCCGCGGCGCUUCGUACAGGCUGGUGUAGGUGCUCGCGGAGAUGUCUUGGCAAUGGGAUCCAGUUUCUUUCCAACCACAGCCUCAUGCCGCUACCCCAUGGUUCACCUUAUCAGAUACACCGAUCUGGUGGAGCAGUGCUCCUGUCCAAGUCAUAUUCUUCUGGAAACAGAAAAGGCUUUUUGUCUGGCUUGCUAGAUAAUAUCAAACAAGAGUUAGCCAAAAACAAGGAAAUGAAAGAAAGUAUAAAAAAAUUCCGAGACGAGGCCAAGAAGCUGGAAGAGUCAGAUGCCCUUCAGGAAGCCAGGAGGAAAUAUAAAACCAUUGAAUCCGAAACCGUCAGGACAAGCGAAGUGAUAAAGAAGAAGCUUGGGGAGCUCACAGGGACAGUGAAGGAGAGUCUUGAUGAGGUCAGUAAAAGCGACCUGGGCCGGAAAAUCAAGGAGGGCGUGGAAGAAGCAGCCAAGACAGCCAAGCAGUCGGCCGAGUCAGUGUCCAAGGGCGGGGAGAAGCUGGGCAGGACCGCAGCCUUCAGAGCCCUAUCUCAGGGAGUGGAGUCUGUGAGGAAGGAGAUCGACGAGAGUGUUUUGGGGCAGACAGGGCCCUAUCGGAGGCCUGAGCGACUCAGGAAAAGGACAGAGUUUGCAGGAGAGAAAAUCAAGGAAGAUAAAGUGUUUGAGCCCAAUGAGGAGGCCCUGGGUGUCGUGCUCCACAAGGACUCCAAGUGGUAUCAGCAAUGGAAGGAUUUCAAGGACAACAACGUGGUGUUUAACCGGUUCUUCGAGAUGAAGAUGAAAUACGACGAGAGUGACAACGCGUUCAUCCGGGCAUCCCGGGCGCUGACAGACAAGGUCACAGACCUGCUGGGGGGCCUGUUCUCUAAGACGGAGAUGUCAGAGGUGCUCACAGAGAUCCUCCGAGUGGACCCAGCCUUCGACAAGGACCGCUUUCUGCGGCAGUGUGAGAAUGACAUCAUCCCCAAUGUCCUGGAGGCCAUGAUUGCUGGGGAGCUUGACAUUCUGAAAGACUGGUGCUAUGAAGCUACCUAUAGCCAGCUGGCCCACCCAAUCCAGCAGGCCAAGGCGCUGGGCCUCCAGUUCCACUCCCGCAUCCUGGACAUUGACAACAUCGAUCUGGCCAUGGGCAAGAUGAUGGAGCAGGGGCCUGUGCUGAUCAUCACCUUCCAGGCCCAGCUGGUGAUGGUGGUCAGGAAUCCCAAAGGCGAGGUGGUGGAGGGCGACCCGGACAAGGUGCUGCGCAUGCUGUAUGUGUGGGCGCUCUGCCGAGACCAGGACGAGCUGAACCCCUACGCAGCCUGGCGGCUCCUGGACAUCUCUGCCUCCAGCACAGAGCAGAUUCUCUGAGUGCCCUGCAGCAGGGACUGAGGGCCUCUGGGGCUGGAUCUUCACGUGGUGGACAGAUGUGACAGGGUCCACCAGGAGCUCUAGGCAUCUGGGGACGAGACUGCUGGCUCUUAUCCUGUUUCUACUCAAGAGGCUAAAAACCAGCAGGAUGGGGAAGGGGACUGGGCUGCUGGGGGUGAUGGCCAGCUGGGCACUCAGAGUGCCAGCCCCUGCUCCUCCCUUCCGGGAUGCAUGGACUGCUGGUGGGCAGAUGGGCAGGGGCACACUGGUCUGCAGUGCCAAGAGGGGUCUAGGCACUCCUUGGGAGGGCAGUGGGGGGAGGCCCUGGCCCACCACUCACCACUGGCUGCGGCCUGCUGGCCACAUCCGCAGGACCCUUUUAGCUUUUAUUUUUUUUCCUGAAUUUUAACAAUGCCCUUAUUUCCUGUACAUGAGUCUGAGAUUUGAGAAUAAUAAAGCCCAAAAUAUAGAAGAGCAA